AUGAUGAUGAUGAUGAUGAUGAUUAUGAUGAUGAUGAUGAUUCGAAAUGAUUCGGAAUAUCAUGAUGUUGACUAUGUUGACGAUUCAUUUGAUGAUGAUGAUGAUGAUGAUUCGGAUGAGGAUGAUGAUGAUGAUGACGAUGAUGAUCAUGAUGAUGAUGAUCAUGAUCAUGAUGAUGAUGAUGAUGAUGAUGAUGAUGAUGAUGAUAUGAUGAUGAUGAUGAAUCGGAUAUAUGAUAAUGGUGAUGAUGAUUAUGAUUCGGAUAUUGAUGAUGAUGAUGAUGAUGAUGAUGAUGAUGAUGAUGAUGAGGAUGAUGAUGAUUCGGAUGAUGAUGAUUCGGAUGAUGAUGAUGAUUCGUUAUGA